AUUCAGAUGUGAAAACAGGGUGUCUUCGUGAUAAAAUUCCCAAAUAUUAAAUAAAAACACAAAACACAAAAAAGACACAUGAACACGAAAUGUAAAAAAAACCACAUGGCAGCAGCAAAAAGUCCUGACAGUAACUCCCUCCCCAGUUGGGGCUCCAGACAUGCCAAUCACAUAACGUCAAAAAAUCUGUGGGAAGCAGGAACCCGGCGAGAUCCAGGUGGGAGGAGUGAGGCACAUGGCGAGUCAGGUGGGGGGAGCAAGGCACACGGUGGCAAUAAAAAAAAAGAAAUGUCCACACACAAAAAAAACAAAAACUAAAAGCUAAGAAAUACGGGCCGGCAACAUCCCCCACGGACAAGAAGUGAGGAGGCAAUAAUAACAGGAAUACAGGAAGUAAAGCGGUGUCCCACAGGAUCAGGUCUGGGGUGAUGUCACAGGGCACCGAGAAAACAACAAAAGAGCAAAUCAGGCCGGUAACAUCCUAGGCAGGCAAGAAGUGAGGAGGCAUCCUCCACAGAAAACAGGGAAACAGGACAUGGAGCAGCGUCCCCCAGCAAAACAGAUGUGGAGCCAUGUUCACCGAAAAAAAGGAAAAGAAAACCAAAAAAAAGUUCUAAAAGGCCAGAAAGAAUAAUCCAAAGAAAACUUUCCACCAAAUGGUUAGCGCCAGGCUAGAAGCUAUCCUGCUCGGUGUGAGUAGCAGAACCCUUCUGUCAGAAAGUGGGGUGUCUUUGUGAUCAAAUUCAGACCCAAAUGCAGGAAUAGCUAAAAAAUCAUAGUCUAUUAAAUAAAAACACAAAACAAACAAAACCAGGAAACACUUGAAAAAGAAAACUGAAAAGAAAAGUGAAACGGAGCACAUGAAGAUAAUACAAAGACGAUAAAGACGAGGAUUCCGCGGCGCCAGAAUAAACAGGGGAGACAGUUGUUUAUUGUUAACCGGACUACUGCAGCUCUCUCUAUCAGGUCUACAUAUGAACACGUCCUCUGUAAAUGAUCAGCUGUGUGACUUGUCUUCAACCUGCCUACGUUCUCCACACCACCACAAUGCUGUGUUCCUCCACUGGCUCCUGUAGCUGAACACAUCACAUUCAAAAUGUUGAUGCUUGCCUACAAAGCUAAAAAUGGACCAGUUCCCUUUUACAGCUGAGUCACUGACUAUUUUAUACUUUCUCAUGAAAUUCUGAACUAGCAUUUGUCUUCCCUGUUUGUUGUUUGUGUGUAUUAAAAAAAACGUUGAUCAGUGUUUUAAGCUCAUGCUAUAUUAAGUCUGUAACCUAGUGGACCAGAGUUAAUGUAUCCGAUGAUAGAUUACGUCACUCUAGAUAAGAAUGUCUGCUAAAUGCUGUAAAUGUAAAUAGAGACUAUACACUAAUGACUACUGAUUCAUUUCUUACCAACUCACUCUGUACUGACUCACUUCAUACAGACUUACUCCUUACUGACUCACUCCAUACUGACUCACUCCAUAUUGACUCACUCCAUACUGACUCACUCCAUAUUGACUCACUCCACACUGACUCACUCCAUAUUGACUCACUCCGUACUGACUCACUCCACACUGACUCACUCCAUAUUGACUCACUCCACACCGACUCACUUCAUAUUGACUCACUCCGUACUGACCCACUCCAUAUUGACUCAGUCCAUAUUGACUCACAUCUCAUGAGCUUUCAUGAGUUUUCUAAGAUACUUCUCUGAUCUUCACUGAAGCUGAUAUUGCACAAGAAAAAAUGUGCUUAAGUUCAGAAUUGAGUGUAACUGGGACAUGCCUCCAGACAUCGCACACAUGUGUAACUUCUGAACAGCAUUUAAGACUGAAGCUCAGAGUACUGAUGUGUGUAAUUUCAGGAUUAAACCUUAACUCCCCUCUAAACCCAGAGCUCCAUCAGCAGAGGUUUAGUGUUUGUCUGAAGUCAUAAUUCACUCAGAAAUUUGUCACUGUUCACUGAUCCUGAGUUUUCCUGAUGUAUCUAAGUAUCUAACUGGGAUUAUUUUGUUUGGAGAUUUCAGAAAUGUUCUCUGUGGUUUGAAUUUGAACAUAAAUCUGAUUCUUGCUGAAUCACUGCAUGAAAUCUAGAUUCACUUGAAGGAGUCAAAGAUUUACAGUGAGUUUAGAGAUUUCUCACACUCGUUUUGACCUUUGGAAUAUAAGAUAUUUGAUAUUUGGUUGAGAUUAGAGAGAGAAAUUGCCAGAGGGAAUGAGAGAACGAAUGCAGACGCAUAAACAUCACCACAUCAGAGGAUAAACCUGUUUUAGCUUCACAGCAUUUAACAAUGAAAUUUGAGGAUCUUUUGGAGGACCUUGAUGGGUUUGGAAGGUUCCAGAAGAUGAUUGUGUUCCUCAGUUUUAUUGGUCGGUUCACGCUCCCAUGUCACUUCCUGCUAAACAACUACAUCGGUGCUAUCCCUCCUCAUCACUGCAACCUCGGCUCUGUGGAUAGGAAUCUAACACAAGAGCAGAUAUUGAACAUCAACAUUCCCAGACAGGAAGACGGGACCUUCACUUCCUGCCACAUGUUCUCAGAACCACAGUUCCAUCUUUUAGAUGAGUUGAAUGUCACAAAUGUUUCAGUUGUUGAAUGUCAGAAUGGAUGGACAUACGAUAACAGCACCUUCAUCAGCACUUUAGCUACAGAGUGGGAUUUGGUGUGCGAGAACAAAGGGAUGAAUAAAGUGAUGGCUACCAUCUUCUUCGUCGGAGUGAUGUUAGGAGCAGCUAUAUUUGGCAGUUUAAGUGACAGAUACGGCCGUAAGUCCAUGCUGCUGGUUUCAUAUGUGCUGGCCUUGUGUUUUGCAAUGGCGAGCGUGUUCUCCUCCUCCAUCAUCAUGUUUGCAGUGUUACGGUUCUUCACCGGCCUGAGCAUCACUGGAAUCGUCAUCGUCACCAGCGUGCUCAAUGUGGAGUGGGUGAGUAUAGAGAGCAGGAAAUUGGUGGGUGUGAUUGACAGUUUGAGCUGGACUUUUGGUUACAUGGUGCUUCCUGUCAUGGCUUACGGAGUGAGAGAUUGGAGAUGGCUAACUGUGACGGUCACUUUACCGCUCACUGUGGCAUUAAUCAGCUGGAGGUGGGUUCCAGAGUCCGCUCGGUGGCUAAUCGCUAACGGUAAAGUGGAGAAAGCGCAGUAUUACUUACAGAAAUGUGCUGAGAUGAACAAGAGGACAAGAACCUUAACCAUCCUGAAACCAGAGGUUCUGUCCUCUAUAGUGUCUGAGGGAGGAAACAGGACAUACACAUAUCUUGACCUGAUGAGGACACCCAAAAUGAGGAGACUGGCUCUGAUGACUGGAGUUACCUGGUACGGUGUGGCUUCCACUUACUAUGGGAUCAGCUUUAACAUCAAAGGAUUUGGUCUGGAUCUGUACCUAAACCAGUUCCUCUAUGGUACUGUGGAGAUUCCUGCUAAAGUUGUCGUCUAUCUGUUGCUUGACCGGAUUGGUCGGCGUUGCACCGAGGUGUGCGGUCUCCUGCUGUCAGGCUGUGCACUCAUCACUAAUGUCUUUAUACCAAAAGAUCAGUGGAUUGUGCGCUCAGUGAUCGGAGUUCUGGGUAAAGGUUUCGCCUCCAUUGCCUUCUCAACACUUGUCCUAUACAGCUCUGAACUUUACCCUACUGUCAUCAGACAGAAUGGGAUGGGCUAUAACUCCUUCAUGGGGCGGCUGGGCGUGGCUUUAGCUCCUCUAAUUCUCCUAUUGGACGAUGUGUGGACUCAUCUGUCGCAGGUGAUUCUGUGUAUCAUUGCACUGAUUGCAGGUGUGGUAGCAAGUCAGUUACCUGAGACGAUGGACAGGUGUCUCCCUGAGACUAUAGAGGACAUCGAGGGGACAAGGACAGGUCAUGUUGUAGUUCCAGUCUGGGAGAAAAGAGGCCAAGAACAAGAAAAUGGAAGUUAAGAAGAAAUUUUAUUUUUGACCUUUUUUUUGGUCUUAAUUAAGUUUUAUUUACAAAAUAUAUCAUUAACAUAAAAUAUGCAUUAAAGUGUUUAUUUGGUUAAUAAUGAUUUCAAGAAAGAUUUAAAAAGAUGUUAAUGAGAUGUUAAGAUGUUAAAAAGGAAUUUUAAUUCUUAAUAACUGCAUUUUAUUUCAUUCACUUCUAAUUUUAAAUGUGUUUAUGUUUAAAUAAAUAAAAUAAAAUAAGGAUACAGUGAUA